UGCCGUAAAUCUGACUGCCCUUCUUCCACUCCUCUCCUCUCUCGAGAAACUCUCUCUUCCCUUGAACACUCCUUGCGCAGUAACCACCCUUCCUCUCUCCUCUCUCUUCCAUAGCCAUGGCAGCUCGUAUUGUGGCGGCUGUUCGUCAAGCCGCAUCUAUCACCAAGAUCUCCUCGCACCACCCACCCACUCAACUCCUUCAACGCCGUGGUCUCGCUGGUGCUGCCGAUCAUCAUGGGCCACCAAAAGUAAACUGCUGGCAAGAACCAACAAACCCUGGUAACUGGAAGGAAGAACAUUUUGUUAUCGUUUCUCUCACUGGAUGGGGUCUGCUUAUCACUGGAAGCUACAAGUUCUUUACUAGGGGUAAAGGCAAGAAAGAGCAGGUGGCGGAAGCUUGACAUUAGAACAUCAUUAAUGAACCUCAAAACGUUUUUGCAAUAAAGUCAUCUUUCGAAACUGUUCAACCAGGUGGAUACCCUCUGGCAUUCCAAUUGUUGCUGGUUGAUGGCUUAGGAGCAAACGACUGUGAUUAAAUGUUUUUUUUGACAAUUCUAAUUGUUGAUGCCUGUGACAUAUUAUUGUCAGAAAUAGUGUUGCUUCUCCUUCCUUUUCUCUGAUUUGACCUAUUUUUGCUUCUAUCAUUUCUUUA